AUGCCCCCGCAGCAGGGGGACCCCGCGUUCCCGGGCCGCUGCGAGGCGCCGCCCGUGCCGCCCCGCCGGGAGCGCGGGGGCCGUGGGCCCGGGGCGCCGGGGGGCCGGGGGCGCGCGGGCGGUGCCGAGGGGCGCGGCGUCAAGUGCGUGCUGGUCGGCGACGGCGCCGUGGGCAAGACCAGCUUGGUGGUGAGCUACACCACCAACGGCUAUCCCACCGAGUACAUCCCCACCGCCUUCGACAACUUCUCGGCUGUGGUUUCCGUGGAUGGGCGGCCCGUGAAACUCCAGCUCUGUGACACUGCAGGACAGGAUGAGUUUGACAAGCUCCGGCCUCUGUGCUACACCAACGCCGAUAUCUUCCUCCUGUGCUUCAGUGUCGUGGGUCCCUCCUCCUUCCAGAACGUCAGUGAGAAAUGGGUGCCAGAGAUCCGGUGCCACUGUCCCAAAGCCCCCAUCAUCCUUGUGGGGACACAGUCGGACCUCAGAGAAGACGUCAAAGUCCUCAUCGAGCUGGACAAGUGCAAAGAGAAGCCGGUACCCGAGGAGGCGGCCAGGUUGUGUGCCGAAGAGAUCAAAGCCACCUCCUACAUUGAGUGCUCGGCCUUGACUCAGAAGAACCUCAAAGAGGUCUUCGAUGCAGCCAUUGUGGCCGGCAUUCAGUACUCGGACUCCCAGCAGCAGCCAAAGAAGUCCAAGAGCAGGACUCCCGACAAGAUGAAGACCUUGUCCAAGUCCUGGUGGAAGAAGUAUUGUUGUUUCGUAUGA